AUGUCAACGACUAAAGAACAAACUAACGAUUCCGAAUAUGUUGAUUGGAUAAAAAAAGAAAUUGAGAAUAAUAAUAUCACAUAUUUUAAUCAUAACGAGUUUACAAAUAAACAAGAAUUUGAAAAUAGUAUCAGUUCAGUUGGAAAAAUAUUUAAAGUAAAUUGGAGUAAUAAUGAUAAUACUCGUUUGAUCGUGAAAACACCUGGAUUGAAUGUUAAAAAAAUUAUAAAUGAGCUCAAAAUACGGAAAGAAAUUGAUUCUCAUAUAAAUAUUUUACGAAUUUAUGGAAUUUCAAAAUUAGACAAUAAAUAUUCUUUAGUUUUAGAGUACGCGGAUGGUGGGUCACUGUAUUCUUACUUGAAGAAGAAUUUCACUAAACUUGAAUGGAACGAUAAAUAUCGUUUAGCGUUACAACUAGCAAGUGCUGUAGAAUAUAUUCACGAUAAAGGUAUAAUCCAUUGUAAUCUGCAUGCUCACAAUGUGCUAAUACAUAAAGGCCAUAUUAAAGUAGCAGAUUUUGGCCUAUCUAAGAAGGCGACUGAAACAUCAAAUUAUUCUGACGAUGUAUUGGGUACAAUACCCUACAUAGAUCCAAAAUAUUUGAGUAAUGUAUGCGAUAUCCAAUACGGGAGUAAACUUUAUACAUUAAAUUUUAAAUCAGAUAUAUAUAGUAUAGGAGCUCUUUUUUUGUUAUUAUCAAGCGGACGUAGACCUUUUUAUGAUGAUGAAAGUAUAAAAUAUGAUGCAAAUUUAGCUAUGGAUAUAAUGAUGGGAAAAAGAGAAAAAAUUAUUGGAGGUACCCCUGCUAAAUAUAGUGAUUUAUAUACCUGUCUCUUAUACACAUCUAGAUGUGUAUAA